GUCAUCUCUGUCACUGUGCUGUCACUUUUGUUAAGUUAUUUGAUUUAAAGAUUAGAGUUGCGAAAAGGUGGUUAAUAACGAAGAAAAUAGACAAGGCAAGCAAUGACUUGAUGAUAAAUGCAGUAAUCCUAACACUUGCACUUGCAGCCGAAAUCGCCUUCAGCAAAAAGGGAAAAUUGCAGAGGCCUCUACAAAUACCAUAUAUGGAAGAAUGCCUGCAGCCUUCAAGUUCUACGUAUUGUAUCACCAAACAAUAAGCGCACGAGCGUUUCUGUGAUUUCGAUGUUCCGCAAAUUACAGCGUCUUCUCGAUUUGCUCGCUUCGUACAAAACUAUAUUCGGGCAUCCGACAAGGGCACACGAACUGGGCGAUGAGUGCAACAGCGAUUGGGAAUGCAAGGACCACAUCUCGGGGGCGAUUUGCCAGCGGGGGAGGUGCACGUGCCAGCCCUUCUACGCCAGGGUCAAUCAGACCACGUGUCUGCAGUCGACUCUCCUGGGCUAUGACUGCAUGGUAGCCGAGCAAUGUUCCUUGAAGGUGGCGAACAGUAGCUGUCUGGAUGGCGUGUGUCGAUGCGUGGACGGUUUCCUGCAGUUCCGGAAGCAUACCUGCCUCGGACCUGCUAGGCCAGGCAACGUAUGCUACAGUAACGCCCACUGUCGACUAUGGACAGCAGACAGUCACUGCGACUUCCUCAUUCCCAAUCUCUUUGGAAGGUGUCAAUGCAAUUCACCAUUCAAGCAGGUCGGCGACUCCUGUGUGAGGUCUGCUUUCCAGACCAAGUCCGCUCCCACGACUGUGUCAAGCAUUACAAGCACUACAGCGACUCCUACAAGCGCAAUCUCUACAUCCAGCAUUCCUCAGGUGAAUGUCCCAGUAUCAGAGAAGGCCACAGGAAGUACCAAGGUACCAAAACAGCAGGUGCAUACGACGCCUGCUACGGUAGAUGACGAUAUCAAGUCUAACGAGAUUUCUGAGACAAAUGGGAAACCGAUUCAUGCUGCUCAAUCUGAUGAGAAAGAGAAGACAACCAAAUCGGUUCCAAUUUCAUCCACAGCAACGACCACACAGUUGGCAUUGGUAAAUGAAGGUACAACGCAAAGCCCCGUCGACAUCACCACUAGGCUAGCAAUUUCCACAAGAUCUACCACAAUGGAACCAUUGUUAACAUCCCCAGAAGUCAUCAUUGCAUCUGCUACAACAAUCAGCCCUCCUACAACAACAGGAAUAAGAACCAGAGUGGAGAAAAGUGACGAAGGCGUAAGUCUGGGUCUACCCUGCGUAACUGAUCUGCAAUGUCGAUUGGCUGAUGCUGGAUCCAAAUGUAUCGAGGGAGUUUGUGACUGUAUCAUCAGAACGAACGAAACCAAAGCAUGUUCAGCGAGAAGUAGGGGUUGUAUACCAGGCACCUUUCAGUGUCGCAACACUGGCACCUGCAUAAGCUGGUUCUUUGUUUGCGAUGGUAGAAAAGAUUGCGGCGACGCUUCCGAUGAAGACUGCAAACCGUUCAGUUGUCCUCCAGAAGCCUUUAUGUGCCACAAAUCUGGCAAAUGCAUCUCAAGAGCUGGCCGCUGCGACGGCCCCGUCGACUGUCCGGACGGCGAGGACGAGGCCGGCUGUCAAAGUGACAGCAGGCACGGCUGCCCGCCGCACACUUUCCGAUGCGCUGAUGGCAAGUGCCUGCCCGAGUAUGAGUUCUGCAAUGCGAUCGUGGGGUGCAGCGAUGGUAGUGACGAGCCCCCGCAUGUGUGCAAGGGAAGGGCGAGACGCAGAAGAGCUGAGUACUGUCCGCUUAGGUGCGGCAAUGGAAGGUGUCGAUCUAGUGCAAUAGCUUGCUCAGGAAGAGAUGGAUGUGGAGAUGGUACAGACGAAAAUCAUUGUUCAGUUUGCAGAUGUCCGGUUGUACAAGGUCGAAAUUUAUAGUCAUCUGCGCGCAACUCUGAAUUUUGUACAAUGCCAAAAAUUUUGUAAAUUGUUUUUAUAUAAAAACCUUCUGUUUGUCACAGUAUGAAUAGACUUUAGUAUUGUACCUAUUUAUGAUAUCUAGAAUUCGUUAAGUUAGUUUUUGUAAUGCUCAAAAGUAUUUUAUAAAUAGUUUAUUUAUUUAGUUUAAGGAAAUAUUUAUAUGAUCAAUGUAAAAAUAAAUGUCCUAGCUUAAGGUGUAAUAAUAAAUUAGAAAUUCCAAAACUUGCGAGUAUCUCAAUGUGAUAAUACCAACCACCUAAGCUGCUCUAAUUAC